AGGUGGAACUGUACAAUAGAAGAAAGGGCGCAAAAGUAUAUAGACCACUGUGUAUUCAAACAUUCGACGAGCAAUGAACGAAAUGGCGCAGGCGAGAAUCUCUAUUCUUACUGGACCUCAGGAAGUGAUGAAGAAGCGGUGGCAACAGCAGGCACGUCUGCUGGUAGCGCGUGGUGGUCUGAACUGGGAAAAUACUACAAAAAUAAUCCGAACAACACGCUGACGAUAGCAGUUUUCGAUCUGGGAGUUGGACAUUUCACACAGUGGAAAUUGGCUUGGAGCCAAGAUAUACGAAUUGGGCAAACCAUGCGAAACGAAUGCCGACUGCUCAACGCAAAAAUGUGA